AAAAUGGAUGGUUAGUUUUUGAGUGGAGAAUUAUUUUGUUAAAUCGCAGUGGACCAAAACCACAUUGACAAUGGAGGGUGGCAGCAACGCCGAUGACUUUGCCGUGGGGUGCUUACUCUCCAUCAAAACCACUCUGGGUGACGAAUUCGAUGCUCAGGUCAUCGCCUUUGAUCGCUUCUCCAACAUGCUCGUACUUCAAGAGGGGAAAUCUGGACCUCGUAGAAACAUCAGGCUGUUGAAGGCCAAUUAUAUAAAAGAUUUUUCUUAUUUGGGACAAGCCGAAGAUCCACUUGAUGUCAAGAAUUGUUAUCUUGAUAUUAAUGCUCUUCAAGCCAGGGAGGAAUUGGCCGUCAGGCAAGCAGAGGCUGAUGCUGAGAGAAUUGGAGUGGGUGUUACAAGUGAGGCCCAGAACAUUUUUGACGCUUUGUCUAAAACGCUUCCAGUGCGCUGGGACAAGACUGUCAUAGUUGUGAUGGAUGAAGUGCGUGUUAGCAGUCCAUAUCUACCUGAAUCUGUUUGUGGAGGAACUGCUGCUGCCAAUGACCGGGUGAAGAAAGUGCUUGAAUUUGAGAGAAAAAGGUUGCAAGCUAGAGUUUCCGGUCAGUGAUGAUUUCACCAUUUCAUGUUGUGAGUUAUAGGAGAAGUGCGUAAUUGAUAACUUAAGAUGGGUAUGUUACUUGUACUUGACCUUAGGUUCCAUCGUAUCUAGGAAGAAAAUUAUUAUCAUAUGCCAAGAUGAUCUAAAGCUUACUUUUAUGAACAUUUUCGGUUUUGAUCCAUAAUUAAAUUUCUAGCUAUUCUUUGACA